CUGAAUUGGGCCUCGAUCCCAGGAUCCCCGGAUCAUGACCAGACCCAAAGGCAGACGCUUAACCAACUGAGCCACCCAGGUGCCCUUGUUUAGAUAUUUUAGAUAAAAACUUCUUACAUAUCAACUAUUUUUUCCUGUUGGUGGGUUGUCUUUUCACUUUCUUGAUAAUGUCCUUUGAAGCACAAAAGUUUGUGUUUUUCUUUUAAAGAUUUUAUUUUUAAGCAAUUUCUAUACCUUAUGUGGGGCUUGAAUUCACAACCCCAAGAUCAAGAAUCGCGCGAUCCACGGACUGAGCCAGCCAGGAGCCCCUUGAAAGUUCUUAAUUUCGAUGAAGUUCAAUCCAUCCACCAUUUUUCCUUUUGUUGCUUCUGCUUUCUAAGCCUGUUUUUGAGCCAUAGGUGACCUAGAGCCUUGGCUCAUCUCUCCAUGCAGAUUCCAUGUUGGGAAACGGUCACCACUCUGUGGCCUCCGGAUUGGUGACCCUCAAGUCCUAGUUUACUCAGCUCUGACCUUGGGCAAGUUAAACGUUUUGUGCCUCCGUUUUCUCAUCAGUAAGAUGGGGAUAAUAACGUCUACAUUGGUGUUAGGCUCAAAUAUGUAAAUUCAUGUAAAGUGCUCACAACAGUGUCUGGCGCUGUACGGAGCGAUGUCUGCUCUAGUUACUGUGGCGCUUGCUGUAGUAUUGUCUUUGUUGUACUAUUGACUUUGCUAUGACUUUGUUGCUGUUGUUACUAUACGAGCAUCCCCUAUAAUAUCAUUGUCCUCGAUGCUGUACUGUUCCGACUUUCAGGGUGAGCAACGUGCCACCCGUCUGCCAGAUGAGGCCACCAGGGCCCAGGGAGCACGCCUGGCCGCGGAGCCCGCCAUUCCUGGCACCCCUGACGCUGCUGCCCAUUUUUCGUCUCUGCAGGUUCGGGGCGCCCGCCCCCCACUAGGACAAGUGGAGGGGGUGCCCCCGCCCAAUGGGCCUGGCCAGGGCCCUGCGCCGCCUUAGCGGCGCCCUGGAGCCAGGGGAGGGCCGCGCCGGCGAUGAGGAGGAGGCCGGGCCGGGGCUGUGCCGCAAUGGGUGGGCGCCGUCACCGGCGGGGCGGCGCCGCGGGCGCUUUGUCAAGAAGGACGGGCAUUGCAACGUGCGCUUCGUGAACCUGGGCGGCCAGGGCGCGCGCUACCUGAGCGACCUGUUCACCACGUGCGUGGACGUGCGCUGGCGCUGGAUGUGCCUGCUCUUCUCCUGCUCCUUCCUCGCCUCCUGGCUGCUCUUCGGCCUGGCCUUCUGGCUCAUCGCCUCGCUGCACGGCGACCUGGCCGCCCCGCCGCCGCCGGCGCCCUGCUUCUCCCAGGUGGCCAGCUUCCUGGCCGCCUUCCUCUUCGCGCUGGAGACGCAGACGUCCAUCGGCUACGGCGUGCGCAGCGUCACCGAGGAGUGCCCGGCCGCCGUGGCCGCCGUGGUGCUGCAGUGCAUCGCCGGCUGCGUACUCGACGCCUUCGUCGUGGGCGCCGUCAUGGCCAAGAUGGCCAAGCCCAAGAAGCGCAACGAGACGCUCGUGUUCAGCGAGAACGCCGUCGUGGCGCUGCGCGACCGCCGCCUCUGCCUCAUGUGGCGCGUCGGCAACCUCCGCCGCAGCCACCUGGUCGAGGCCCACGUACGGGCCCAACUGCUGCAGCCUCGUGUGACCCCGGAGGGUGAGUACAUACCACUGGAUCACCAAGAUGUGGACGUGGGCUUUGAUGGUGGCACCGAUCGAAUCUUCCUUGUGUCUCCCAUCACCAUCGUGCACGAGAUCGACUCUGCCAGUCCUCUGUAUGAACUAGGACGUGCCGAGCUGGCCCGGGCUGACUUUGAGCUGGUGGUCAUUCUCGAGGGCAUGGUUGAGGCCACGGCCAUGACCACACAGUGUCGCUCCUCCUACCUCCCUGGUGAGCUGCUCUGGGGCCAUCGUUUUGAGCCGGUCCUCUUCCAGCGUGGCUCCCAGUACGAGGUUGACUAUCGUCACUUCCACCGCACUUAUGAGGUCCCAGGGACACCAGUCUGCAGCGCCAAGGAGCUGGACGAACAGGCAGAGCGGGCUUCCCACAGCCCCAAGUCUAGUUUCCCUGGCUCUUUGGCUGCAUUUUGUUAUGAGAAUGAACUCGCACUGAGCUGCUGCCAGGAGGAAGAGGAGGACGAGGAGGCCAAGGAGGGGGAUGGGGUGGAGGCAGAAGAUGGGACUGCCAGCCCCCAAGUACUCACACCAACACUGGCACUGACCCUGCCCCCGUGAUGCCAGCUGGUGUCUCCCUAUUUGUACCCCCUUCCCAGAGAUAGCAAGAUGGAGAGUUAGGGCCCUCUCCUGGGUUGGGGGCAAGUGUUUCCCAAGACCGACAGGCCUACUGGGUCACUUAUUAGCUGGUGAAGUUCUGCCAUGCCUAGUGGACCCACCACAGACAUACUGGAUCUUAAUUCCUCUGUGGUCCAUGCUCCCUCCCGAGACCCCUUUAUCAGCCUGAUUCCUGAGUCUUCCCAGAGCUGAGGGACCCAGAAUUCUGGACCACCCAAGAGGCAAGGACUGGUGGUUCUAGAUUCCUCUAUAUGGCUGGGUUGGGUUGUUGAACAGGGUCAGGAACCAGUGAUAUAUACUGCCUCCGGGGACAGCAACAGAGAUUAAGAGUUUGUAGGUCUGGGUUGACCUAAGAUUCAAGGGACUGUUGCUUCUCCACUCAGCUAACCAAGUAGCAAAUCAUUUUUUUCUAGACCAUGCAAGGAGGGAGGGUUACGGAAUACCCCAAGAAUUCAAGACUAUCUUUUUUAACCGAUGACAAAGAUUGUUGACUGCAGGUCAAGAAAAGACCUUGCGGUUCCAGAGGGCCCAAGAGUUAAGAUUCUGUGAAUCUAGAUUGACCACAGAGACAAGCACUGGUGGUUCUAGAACACGUUGAAGCGAGAAUGUUGAGCUACUGAGGAAACUGAAGAGUCAUGUUUCUAGAAUGCACAAAACAACAGAGUGUCUGUGGGUCUCGAAGGGCUACAGUGACAGCUUGGGAGGUCUCGAUAUUAGGUAACUCCAGACCACUGGCUGUAGAACAUGAAACCAAGGGGAUAAUCAAUGCUUUAUGAUCCACGGGUCAUUGUGUGUUUUUUUUUUUUAAGUGCCAUUCUAGAUUGUCCAAAGGAAUCCGGAUUCUGUGGCUCUAGAUUGAUCACAGAGUCAAGGAAGGAUGCUGAUGCUAGAUGGCUGAGAUUUGCCGGUCCCAGUUUGCCCAAUGGAGUUGGGAAUCUUGAUGAUUCUUUGUGGUUCCGUAAUGCCAAAAGGAAUCAAGGCUCCAGGGAUCCAGGGUUGUCCAUUAUUAAAACCUGGAAAGUCUAAUCAGCUCCUAGAACUCGGCAGUUCUGGGAGGUGGACCCGGGACUUGAUCGGCAGCAUUUCUGGGCUGACCUAGAAACGGAGGGCCCAAGGAAGACCCUGUGGAUAACAGGGCUGGUCGUCGGGCAAGGGAAGGAGAGGCCCAAGGCUGAUGAGUCUACGAUGCUCUGGAAUCCUACACCUAGCGAUGUGUGUCUAUUUCGUAA